UAUAGCUAACUAAGAUAAGGUUUACCUAGACAAAAUUUAUGGUAAGAUGGUAGAUUGAAGAAUAAAUAGAUGGAGUAAAAAAUGCCCAAACCAUACAGCGAGGACUUGCGAGAACGUGUUUUCAAGGUUAUUGAUGAAAAAAAAAUGUCCAUGAAAAAAAUAGGUGAAACAUUUAAACUCAGUAUAAAAACAAUAUAUUUAUGGCGAAAAAGAAGGGAGGAAACUGGAAGCAUAAAGCCAGCAUCUGGUUAUCAAACAGGUCAUAGGAGCAAGAUUAAAGAUAUGGGCAGUUUUUUCAAAUUUCUACAAGAUGAACAAGAUGUUACGACUGAUAAAAUAAUAGAAAGAUUUGGCAAUAUGUGCAAAGAAACAGCAUAUAAUUAUCUAAAAAAAGCUGGCUACACAUAUAAAAAAAAACCUUCCUUUAUCAAGAGAGAGAUGAACAACGAGUUUUAUGCGUACGGAUGGGCCCCUAAAGGCAAGAGAUUAUUUGCAGAAAAGCAUGCAUUUAAGAAAAAAAGAAUUAGUAUUAUUGGAGCGCUAAAUGAUGGAAAAGUUGGUGCUCCAUGUGCAUUUGAGGGAUAUUGCAACAGUGAGCUUUUUGAAGCAUAUGUUGAAAAAAUUUUAGUGCCAACAUUAAAGCCUGGGCAAACCAUAAUUCUUGACAAUGCAAGCUUUCACAAGUCCGUAAAAAUCAGAAAAUUGAUUGAAAAAGUAGGAUGUAAAGUGCUGUUUUUGCCGCCAUAUUCACCAAAUUUGAACCCAAUUGAACAUUUUUGGUUUGCCAUAAAACACGCCGUCAGAAAAAUACUGCCAAUUUUUUCGCCAAAUAUUAACGCUGCUAUUGAUUUUAUUUUUCAAAAAUCAGGUAAACCUUAUCUUGGUUAGCUAUAGUACUUGCAAUUACAGGAACCAUAGAAUCUACCAUGUCGUGUUCUUUGACAUUCUUUUUACAUCCUUCCAAAGUGACAGGUAUUGUAGCACUGCUUGAUGACGUUGCAAUUGCUGUAACUAACGCAGGUACCAUAUUCUUCAUGCUUGUUAGCCAAUUCGUGACAUUAAACGAACUUGCAAUCCCGUAUAACAAUAUGACAUAAAGGUAGAUUACAACUAUCAUGAUGGUAAAGAUUGCAAUAUAAUCUUUAAAAACAACCAAUAAAAUUUGGUCAUGCUGUAAUUUUAAAAUAAAACCUAAUACAAAUAAAGGCAUA